AUGUCUUCUCGAUCUCUGCUGUCAGCGCUGAGAAGCUCUAUUCAAAAUUCCUCCAUCGUUAGCCAGGACUUCUUGCCAGCCAGCAGUCUGGAUGACCUCAUAACCAAGGAGACCGUCCAAAAUGAACUCCCCAAAAGCCUGAUGAACAGAAUAUUCUCCGAUAGCCUGCCAAGCGACAUAAUCGCGAACAACGCAAGACGAUUGUUCGCAAUAACCGUGAUGAUCGGAGAGCCUCAGGCAAUUCGAAAGCUGGUGGGCGAUGGUCUUACCGACGACGAUUUGCCGUUUGCGAGGUCUAUUCCUGGCGAUCACGGUAGCAUAUUGAAGUCCAAAAGGAGACAGGAAGUCAAGUCGUUUCAAGAUUGGAACAAUGAAGCUAGGGUGGACAUGUUCUUGGAAAAGCAGUGGCUAUUCCUUGCCCCAAAAAUGGAUGUCUCGGGGAAAUCGAGAGUCUUUCAGGUAGAUUCAAAGUGUCCGCUACCAUUCUUGAGGGCAACCGAACUUCGGGGGGACCACAGCAAUGUUGUCUACAAGAGCGAGCUACAUGCGGCUCAUCAAACCGGUGCUGGGGCGCAAAAGACGAACAUGGUCAUUGCAGUCAAAAUCUUCCGCAAGCCUGAUGGUUUGAAACUGUUUGAGAAGGAAAGGGAGAACCUUCUGGAGACACGGGGUAUCACUGACAGACAUCUCAUUCGAUACUUAUUCUUCUGCGAGAGAGACAAGUCUUACUUUAUCGCCUUCCCGUGGGCAGAAGGAGGAAAUCUCCAGGAGUUCUGGAUGCUACAUACGGCAAGUAAGGGGCUCAUGCUAUGGUCCCUCCAGCAGAUGCUUGGACUUAGUGGUGCUUUACGCAAACUCCACUUCAUCAAUUGCCGUCACGGAGAUCUCAAGCCUGGCAACAUCCUUCACUUCCCAGACAGCGAGUUGGGGAAUCUUGUCAUCGCGGAUGUUGGGAUUUCCAAGGUUCACAAAGCUGCAACAAACAUGAGAUUCUCUGGUACCCUCACCAACGCGGCAUCACCUUCCUACGAACCACCGGAAGCUCUGGAGAAGACCAAUGCCCCUAGACCUCGACGAUACGACAUUUGGUCAAUGGCAUGCAUAUAUCUUGAAUUCAUCAUCUGGAUGAUGUACGGGUUCAAAGCUAUUUACAGCUUUGCCGACGCCAGGGAGGAACUAACUUCCAUCCAGGGGACUUCCAACUUUUACACGCAUCGAGGAUCCAUUGCGGUGAUCCAUCCCACCGUCCUCGAAGCUUUCAAAGUUCUGCACAAUGAUCCCCGUUGCAGAGGUGACACAGCUAUUGGGGCCCUGGUCAAUCUAAUCAAGCAUCAUUUGCUGUUGAUUCAGGUGGACGACCGUGUUACCGCAGACAUUUUAUACGAGAAGCUUGAAAGGAUUGUUCGACGCGCAACCAACGAGCCAUCUUUUGUUUCGAACCAAGUAAACGCUCUUGUUAGAACACCGGAAAUAUUCGGACGACCAGUUAAAAUCCCAGAGGGUUUAAGACCAGCCACUAGUUGGUAG